AUGGGACCUCCUGGCGACUGGGUUUUGCUGGCACGUUCCCCUAAAACCAAGGGUGUGCCGUGCACCUGCGACAUUGUAUCAGGAGACGAGAACACAGAGACUGUCCCCCGGGUGCUCGUCAUCUGCUCAGGAUGGAGCGCUCUGGCCAGUACGGCCAAGUAUAGCCUGCUGACCUUUCUACCUCGCUUCCUAUACGAGCAGAUUAGAAGAGCUGCUAAUGCCUUCUUCCUCUUCAUUGCCUUAUUACAGCAAAUUCCAGAUGUGUCUCCGACCGGCAGAUACACCACCCUGGUGCCCUUGAUCAUCAUUCUAACCAUUGCCGGCAUCAAAGAGAUUGUGGAAGAUUUUAAGCGGCACAAGGCUGAUAAUGCGGUUAACAAAAAGAAAACAAUAGUGUUGAGGAACGGCAUGUGGCACACCAUCAUGUGGAGAGAGGUGGCAGUGGGAGAUGUCGUGAAGGCCGUCAAUGGACAGUAUCUUCCCGCAGACAUGGUCCUGCUCUCCUCCAGUGAACCUCAGGCAAUGUGUUAUAUUGAGACCGCGAAUCUAGAUGGGGAGACCAACCUUAAGAUACGCCAGGGUCUGAGCCACACGGCCGACAUGCAAACGAGGGAAGCGCUGAUGAAGUUAUCUGGAACGAUCGAAUGCGAAGGACCCAAUCGCCACCUCUAUGACUUCACGGGGAACCUGAACUUGGAUGGGAAGAGCCCCGUUGCCCUUGGGCCCGACCAGAUCUUGCUAAGAGGCACCCAGCUUCGAAACACCCAGUGGGUCUUUGGCAUCGCUGUCUACACUGGACACGACACCAAACUCAUGCAGAAUUCAACCAAAGCACCUCUGAAGAGAUCCAAUGUUGAGAAGGUGACCAAUGUGCAGAUCCUGGUGUUGUUUGGGAUCCUCCUGGUGAUGGCCUUGGUGAGCUCGGUGGGCGCCCUCUACUGGAAUGGCUCUCAUGGUAGCAAGAACUGGUACAUCAAGAAGAUGGACACAAGCUCGGAUAACUUUGGCUACAACCUGUUGACGUUCAUCAUCUUGUACAACAACCUGAUCCCCAUCAGCCUGCUGGUGACCCUCGAGGUGGUGAAGUACACUCAAGCCCUUUUCAUGAACUGGGACACAGAUAUGUAUUACAUAGAAAACGACACUCCUGCCAUGGCCAGGACGUCUAACCUCAACGAAGAGCUUGGGCAGGUGAAAUAUUUAUUUUCUGACAAAACCGGAACCCUCACAUGCAACAUCAUGAACUUCAAGAAGUGCAGCAUCGCAGGAGUGACCUACGGGCAUUUCCCAGAAUUGACAAGGGAGCCAUCUUCAGAGGAUUUCUGCCGGCUGCCUCCACCCACGAGUGACUCAUGUGACUUUAAUGACCCCAGGCUGCUGAAGAACAUUGAGGAUCACCAUCCCACGGCCCCAUGCAUCCAGGAGUUCCUUACCCUCCUGGCUGUGUGCCACACGGUGGUUCCUGAGAAGGAUGGAGAUGAGAUUAUCUACCAGGCCUCCUCUCCAGACGAAGCUGCUCUGGUGAAAGGAGCUAAGAAGCUGGGCUUCGUCUUCACAGCCAGGACGCCCUACUCGGUCAUCAUAGAAGCGAUGGGUCAGGAGCAGACAUUUGGAAUCCUCAACGUGCUGGAAUUCUCAAGGGGGUUCCGGGCUGGCCAUAAAGCGGUAGACCAGGGCGGUUCAGCCAGCGUGGCCAGCGGUAUAGUGCGAAGCGCGAGAAGCUUACGUGAUGGCCGCCAGUUUCAGACGCAGCGGGCUCUUGGAGUUGUGAACUUUGCCUCCGGCUCCACCGCCACGUCUUGUGUUGGGAUGCUGGGAAGACGUCGUGCCUUGACUUCCCUCCAGCACGGCUCUGGCAGCCGCUCCUUUCAUGGCGGAGGUUCUGCCUCUCUCUCGGAUAACGUAAUUUUUGAGAGACUUUCAAGGGACUCAAAGUACAUGGAGGAGACGCUGUGUCAUCUGGAGUAUUUUGCCACAGAAGGUCUGCGGACGCUCUGCCUGGCGUAUGUCGACCUCUCCGAGAACGAUUACGAGGCGUGGCUGAAAGUCUAUCAGGAAGCCAGCACCAUCUUGAAAGACAGGACGCAGCGGCUGGAGGAGUGCUACGAGAUCAUCGAAAAGAGCGCCCAUGGCAGGGGCGUGAUAACAUCGUGUGUUGCCUCCUCACUCCCUUUAGGGUAUUCCUGCCGCCUGGUGUCCCAGAACAUGGCCCUCAUCCUGCUGAAGGAAGAGUCUCUGGAUGCCACGAGGGAAGCCAUCACCCAGCACUGCACUGACCUGGGGAACUUGUUGGGCAAGGAGAACGACGUGGCACUCAUCAUUGAUGGGCACACGCUCAAGUACGCCCUCUCCUUCGAGGUCCGGAGAAGCUUCCUGGACUUGGCGCUGUCCUGCAAAGCGGUGAUAUGUUGCAGAGUGUCUCCCCUGCAGAAGUCUGAGAUAGUCGAUGUGGUGAAGAAGAGGGUGAAGGCCAUCACACUCGCCAUCGGGGAUGGGGCCAACGACGUGGGCAUGAUCCAGACUGCCCACGUGGGCGUGGGCAUCAGCGGGAACGAGGGCAUGCAGGCCACCAACAACUCCGACUAUGCCAUCGCGCAGUUUUCCUACCUGGAGAAGCUUCUACUGGUCCAUGGCGCCUGGAGCUACAACCGAGUCACCAAGUGCAUAUUGUACUGCUUCUACAAGAAUGUGGUGUUGUACAUUAUCGAGCUGUGGUUCGCCUUCGUGAAUGGAUUUUCCGGGCAGAUUCUGUUUGAACGCUGGUGCAUCGGCUUGUACAACGUGAUUUUCACGGCCCUGCCACCCUUCACUCUGGGAAUCUUCGAGAGGUCUUGUACUCAGGAGAGCAUGCUCAGGUUUCCACAGCUCUACAAAUUUACCCAGAAUGCCGAAGGCUUCAACACCAAGGUCUUUUGGGGUCACUGCAUCAACGCCUUGGUCCACUCCCUCAUCCUCUUCUGGUUUCCCAUGAAAGCGAUGGAGCACGAUUCUGUCAUGACCAACGGCCAUGCCACGGACUAUUUAUUUGUUGGCAAUAUUGUUUACACGUAUGUUGUUGUAACCGUUUGUCUGAAAGCUGGAUUGGAGACGACAGCUUGGACGAAAUUCAGCCAUCUGGCCGUCUGGGGAAGCAUGGCGAUCUGGCUGGUGUUCUUUGGCGUCUACUCCACCAUCUGGCCCACCAUCCCCAUCGCUCCAGAUAUGAAAGGGCAGGCCACCAUGGUCCUGAGCUCCGCGCACUUCUGGCUGGGAUUGUUUCUGGUUCCCACGGCGUGUUUGAUCGAAGACAUCGCCUGGAGAGCGGUCAAGCAUACCUGCAAGAAAACCUUACUGGAGGAGGUGCAGGAGCUGGAGACCAAGGCCCGAGUGAUGGGGAAGGCCAUGCUCCGGGAUAGCAAUGGAAAGAGGGUGAACGAGCGAGACCGCCUGCUGAAGAGACUGAGCCGGAAGACGCCCCCCACUCUCUUCCGGACUGGGUCCCUCCAGCAAGGUGUCCCACAUGGCUACGCCUUUUCUCAAGAAGAGCACGGAGCCGUGACCCAGGAGGCCAUCGUCCGCGCCUACGACACCACCAAAAGCAAAUGCAGGAGGAAGUAGGGCUCGGCGGCCCCCGCCGCCGCCGCCGCCGCUCAGUCCCAGGAAAGCGGUCCGGCUCCGUGGCAUUCAGUGUUAACACAUCUCUGGUCCCAGGAGGGCUGGCAGGCAGCAGCAGCACCAGGAAACACACACUUCCGUGGCCUUAGCCAACCAGUUAAUCGAUUCCCACCUCCACCCCCAUCCCUCCCUCCUGGGCCUGGACAGUACACUCAGUGAGGGGGGAGGGGGUCCCGUAUCUGCCCCCCACAUCCCACCCCCAAUGUGUCUGCAGUGCUCCAUCCAACUUUGGUUGACGGUCGCGACCAAGCCUCCGACUGCUCUGUGAGGUGUGAGAUUAAAACCCUUAUGUUUCACGGA